AUGCCGAAAGCGACUACCCCGACCGCUGUUCGCCAGACGCGGCGACAUAACCCUCUAGAAGAUGACCUUGUAGCGACAGGUCCCCUGCGCACAAAAGCGCCCAAGAGAAAGUCGAAAGGAGGUGAUGAGGAGGAUGAGCAAGAGAAUUACAUAGACUCGAAGGCUUCUAAGAAGAUUUUGAGAAUUGGUCGAGAAUUAGCUGAGGAAGUCGAUGUUGCACCCCCGCGACCGCCGACCGAGUCCAAUGCAUUUGGUUUCGAAUCUAGAUUUGGCGACGAUGGAGAGGAUAACGAUGCUUUUGACGAGGAAGAUGUAUGGGGCGACGAGGACGAGAUCGUGGAGGAGAUUGAGAUCGAACCCGAGGACUUAGACACUUUCAACAAAUUCCUACCUACCGAUGACGACCCGUUAUUGACGCACGGCUGGGGAGGACAAGCAUCCGGCGAGGAACAAGGUCAAGGGCAAGGCACCAAUCUCGCCGACUUGAUUCUGGCGAGGAUUGCGGAACACGAAGCUGAGCAGAGCAGAGGACAGGAGGUCGGCCCUGUAGAUGACGAUUACGAAUUAUCGCCGAAGAUCGUGGAGGUGUACACAAAGAUUGGCUUAAUACUCUCGAGAUACAAGUCAGGCAAACUGCCAAAACCCUUCAAGAUUCUACCCACGGUUCCCCAUUGGGAGGACAUCAUCGAACUCACAAAACCCGACCAAUGGACCCCAAACGCAUGUUACGAGGCGACAAGGAUAUUUGUAUCAAGUAAACCAAUCGUUGUCCGAAGGUUCAUGGAAAUGAUCCUACUCGAUCGCGUGCGAGAAGAUAUUCACGAGACGAAGAAGUUGAACGUACAUCUGUUCAACGCACUGAAGAAGGCGCUAUACAAGCCCGCAUCAUGGUUCAAGGGAUUCCUCUUCCCGCUUGUCGAAAGUGGUACUUGCACGUUACGGGAAGCCACCAUCAUUUCCGCUGUCCUAGCUAGGGUAUCCGUACCGGUCCUCCACUCCGGCGCGGCUAUCAAAGGAUUAUGCGAAAUUGCAGCACGAGAAGCUUCCGCAGGUACCGAGGGUGGAGGUGCCACGAACGUGUUCAUCAAGACCCUUCUUGAGAAGAAAUAUGCGCUCCCGUACCAAGUUAUCGAUUCCCUCGUAUUCCACUUCCUACGCUUCCGAAGUGUAGACCCCGCGUCUAUUAGGGAGGGUGAUACUAUGGAUAUUGGUGGGGAGCACGCGGCUACCCGAGCUAAGCUCCCGGUUAUUUGGCAUCAAUGCCUAUUAGCCUUUGCGCAGAGAUACCGCAAUGAGAUUACCGAGGACCAGAGAGAAGCUUUACUGGACUUACUUCUAACACAUGGUCACCACAAAAUCGGACCGGAGAUCCGAAGAGAAUUGCUAGCCGGACGUGGGCGCGGAGUCCCGGUUGAGCAACCGGGCCCGGCAUUUGAUGGCGAUGAUACUAUGGUGGUAGACGGUUGA